AAAGAUCUCAAAUCUUUAGGAGAUAUCUUUUACUAACAUUCAGUUGAAACCCUAAUUAGGAAAACUUUAAUAUGAAAGACAUAACCCAAAACGAAAAAAGGAAAAAAGAAAAGAAAAGAAGAGAUAAUGGUUCCUGAGGAGAAGCUUCCGUGUGACCUGAACCUGAUUGAAGAGACGCUUUUUCGUGUCCCUCCUGAAUCUCUUGUUCGCUUCAGAACCGUUUCUAAGAAAUGGAACGCCCUUUUCGACGAUAAGAUGUUCAUUAACAACCACAAGAUGACAUUUCGAUUCAUCUUAGCAACCAAUUCCAAGUUCUACUCGGUAAGCAUCACUCCAAAGAUAGAAGUGCGUGAGUUAACUUUAGAUAUUCCCGGUUUAGAAUCACAUAAACUUAAAGUUUUGAUUGAUUGCAAUGGGUUCUUGCUAUGUGGCAUGGAUAAAGAAGCCGUGGUUUGGAACCCGUGGUUAAGACAGGCUAGAUGGAUGAAGCCAGAGGUAAACGACCAACCUAUUUUGCGUUUCAAUGGCAUAGGUUAUGAGUAUGAUAACAUGAAACGUGAGGGUAGUGGUUAUAAGACACUUGUGUCUCAUCCGAAUGAAUUAGCUACAAAAUCAGUUUGGAAAAUCCAUGAUUUUGCCUCCAAUUCGUGGAAAGAUAAAGAGUUGGUUAUUAGUGGUAGUAAUGGUAUUACUUUACUCGCCACAAGUGUAACGUUAAAUGGAAUUUUGUAUUGGGUUGCCUCUUAUCUACAGAAUAAUUCCUCGUUCGUCCUAGUUUACUUCAACUUUUCCAAUGAAAAAGUCCACAAGUUUUCUGAUCUACCAUGUGGAGAGAACCAUCAUAGCGAUGUUAUUGUUCUUAGGCUUUUUAUGGAAGAUCGGCUAUCGUUGUUAAAGCAAUGCCAUCUAACAAAGAAGAUUGAGAUUUGGGUGACCAAGAACAAGAUUAAAAACUGCCGUAGUGGAGAUGUGGAAUGGAUGAAUUUCAUGGAAGUGUCAACUCCUAACUUGCCGGGUUUAGUAAAGCCAAGUUACUUCAUCGACCAUAAAAAGCUCGUUGUGUGUUCUUGCGACGAAACUGGCCAAGCUUGGAUCUAUGUUAUGGGGGACAAUAAGUUGAUCAGUAAAAUUCAAAUAGAUUCUGUGGUUGAUCUCUGGCCUUUGCAUUGUACCUGUUUUCCCAGUUUGGUCCCGGUACCUCGAAGUCGAAGUCAAACUAAAGAAGCAGCAUUACAAGUUUGAUUUCAUUAGUCUGGCUUCUUUUGUUGUUCUCUAGGAAGCUUACAUUGAUUUGGAUUUUGAUAUUUUUUAUUUACAACU